CAUAAAACUUCAGAAUGAGAAACAACCUUACCCAACUCCCUUUAUAUCUCUUCUGCUGUCUGUCUUUAUGGAUUUUCUUCAUAGAGAUGGCCAUGGCACAAAACACAACAAUACCAGUUAAAGUGGGAGUGGUUCUUGACAUGGAUACAUGGCUGGGGAAGAUGGGUUUGAGUUGCAUCUCCAUGGCACUCUCAGACUUCUAUGCUUAUCAUGGGCACUACAAGACUAGGCUGAUUCCCAAAAUCAGAGAUUCCAAAAGAGAUGUUGUGGGUGCAGCUGCAGCAGCUCUAUAUUUAUUACAAAAUGAGGAAGUUCAAGCCAUCAUAGGACCAGCAUCCUCCCUGCAAGCCAACUUUGUCAUUGGUCUCGGAGACAAGGCUCAUGUGCCCAUCAUUUCAUUUUCUGCAACUAGUCCUUCUCUUUCUUCGCUCCGGAGUCAAUAUUUUGUCCGAGCCACACUGAAUGACUCAGCACAAGUACCAGCUAUAAGGGCAAUUGUCCAAGCCUUUGGGUGGAGACAAGUUGUGCUCAUUUACUUGGACAACGAGUACGGAAAUGGAGUUAUACCGUAUCUUACUGAUGCCUUGCAAGAGAUUGACACCCGUAUCUCCUACAGGAGCGUCAUUCAUCCAUUAGCCACAGAUGAUCAAAUCCUCGAAGAGCUUUACAAGUUGAUGACAAUGCCAACCAGAGUUUUCAUUGUACACAUGUUUGCACCUAUAGGCCCACGACUUUUUGUCAGAGCGAACGAGAUUGGAAUGAUGGAAGAAGGUUAUGUAUGGAUUCUAACUGAUGGGUUAACUGAUAUCUUGGGUACUUUGGAUCCAUCUGUCAUUGAUUCAAUGCAAGGAGUGUUGGGGGUGAAGCCUCAUGUUCCAAGAUCGAAAAAGCUUGAAAGUUUUAAAAUCAGAUGGAAAAGGGAAAUCCAACAAGAAUAUCCAACAAAUGAAAGCUUUGAGCUGAACAUUUUUGGACUCUGGGCUUAUGAUGCUGCUUGUGGGCUAGCCAUGGCAGUUGAAAAACUUGGGGCAACAAACUUCAGAUUCCAAAAGUCUAAUUUUUCCAGAAAUUCAACCGAUCUUGAUACUGUAGGAGUCUCCCUAAUUGGUCCAAAUCUUCUCCAAUCACUAUUAUAUACUAGAUUUAGAGGCCUCAGUGGAGAUUUUCAAAUUGUUAACAGGCAACUACAGUCAUCAGCUUUUGAGGUAGUGAAUGUGAUCGGCAAGGGAGAAAGAGGGGUUGGAUUUUGGACACCAGAGAAUGGAACUGUAAGAAAGUUGGAUUCUACUUCCAAGCCCAAUCUAGGAACAAUCGUAUGGCCGGGAGAAUCUCCCUCCAUCCCUAAAGGUUGGGUCCUUCCAACCAAUGGGAAGAAGUUGAGAAUAGGAGUACCAGUCACCAAGGGUUUUGGUGAAUUUGUAAAGGUGACGCGAGAUCCUAGUAGUAACGCAACGAAGGUCAGUGGAUUUUCCAUAGCAGUCUUCGAUGCAGUGAUGGCAGCAUUACCAUAUGCUGUUCCUUAUGAGUACAUUCCCUUCCAGACGCCUGAUGGCAAUCCAGCGGGUGAUGACAACGAUUUGAUAUAUCAAGUAUAUCUCCAGAAGUAUGAUGCUGUGGUGGGAGCUAUUACUAUUCUAGCGAACAGGUCCUUGUAUGUAGACUUUACACUACCUUACACAGAAUCUGGGGUGUCAAUGGUCGUGCCCACUAUAGAUGAAAGAAAAGAAAAUGCAUGGGUUUUCUUGAAGCCACUUACUUGGGACCUUUGGGUGACAAGCUUUUGUUUCUUCGUAUUCAUUGGCUUUGUGAUUUGGGUUCUUGAACAUCGAGUAAAUAAAGACUUCAGAGGGCCUCGUUCAUAUCAAGUUGGCACUAUCUUCUGGUUUUCAUUCUCAACAUUGGUGUUUGCUCAGAAUGAGAGAAUUGUCAGCAACUUGGCUCGGAUUGUGAUGAUCGUGUGGUUUUUUGUGGUGCUAAUUCUUACUCAAAGUUACACAGCCAGCUUGACUUCAAUGUUAACAGUUCGACAACUCAACCCAACUAUCACCGAUACAAAUGAGCUCAUAAAGAAGGGGGAGCGUGUAGGUUGCCAAUAUGGCUCUUUCAUUUAUGAAUUCUUGAUCAAGUCGAUGAAAUUUGAAGAGUCCAAGCUUGUAAACUAUAAUUCAACAGAAGAACUGGAUGAGUUAUUUUCAAAAGGUGGAAUUGCUGCUGCAUUUGAUGAAAUCCCUUGCAUUAAGAUUUUCCUUGCAAAAUAUUGCUCCAAAUACACUGCAGUCGGACCAAUAUACAAGUUUGAUGGGUUUGGAUUUGUCUUUCCAAAGGGUUCACCCCUUGUAGCGGAUGUUUCAAGGAAAGUUUUAAGCGUGACCGAGGGAGCUAAAAUGUCACAAUUUGAGAAGGCAUGGUUUGGGCAAAUACCCAGUUGUCCAGAGCUCACCAGCUCAGUUUCUUCAAACAGCAUCAGCCUUAAUAGCUUUUGGGGCCUAUUCCUCAUUGCUGGAGUCACUUCAUUCGUAGCUCUCAUCACAUGCAUCACCAUAUUCCUUCAUGAAAAUAGAGAAGCCUUAAUAAACUUGAAUCCCCCAUCUUCCAGAUGGAGAAAAAUUAAAGCCAUGGCGACACUCUUUGAUGAGAAAGAUCUCAGGUCCCAUACCUUUAGAAAAAGUGAUCAACUUCCAGACAAGCAGCAUCAAGGCCAUGGAUGCAGUUACAGCCUCGCCAGCUACACCAACUGCCCUCCAAGUCCAUCAAGCCUUUUGAUCCCAACACACAGCAAUUUUGCUUUCUUCAGUGAACAAGGAACGCCGUCUUCUGGACAUGGUGAUCCAGUCAGUCCAAAUCGACCGAUGUCUCCACAUAUAUUGUUUGAAUAUGAGCUUGCUAAUAUAAAUCACGAGCAAAUUAACAAGAUGCCAUGCCCCAAGAUCCUCUCCAAGGGCGUGACGAUCAAUUCACACAUCAAGCCCGAAAGCUCAAAGUGUAAAUUGAAUAUUGUUGAGAAUAAUUCUAGAAGCUUUUCUUAGCCUCACAUGUAAAGCACCAGCUCACCAGCUCCA